AUGAUAUCUGGCGAAAGAACUGAGAAAUUCAUGAUAUCAGUACAGAUCGAGAACGCAAAGCUGAAAAUGGAAUUUGAUACUGGAGCAACAUUAACGUCAAUGUCAAUGCGAGACUAUAGAAAACUGAAUAUUGGAAAAAGACUGUUCCACACAGAUAUUAAACUUCGUACUUACACAGGAGAAGUAAUAAAACCAGUUGGAGUCACUUACGUUAAAUGCAAAUACCAAGAGAAGGAAUUUCACGGUAAACUAUAUUUAAUCAAUGGCAAUGUAGAUCCUAUUUUUGGACGCAGUUGGAUGAAGGAACUGGAAAACUUGAACUUAGCAGAUAUAAAAACUAUACAAGACACAAAGAACUUAGAACUAGACCAACUCUUACAACUUUAUAAAACUUCAGUUUUUAAGUCCGACCUGGGUAAAAUACCUAAUUACAAGGGACACUUAAACCUUAAAGAAAACACACAACCAAUUUUUAUCAAACCUCGAAGAAUACCCUACGCUUUAAAAACUAAAGUGGAUGAAGAAAUAGAGCGACUUUGCAAGCUAGGGGUCAUUACGAAAGUUGACCACUCUGAGUGGGGAACCCCAGUGGUACCAGUUGUCAAACCGAACGGGUCAAUCCGACUUUGCGCAGACUACAAAGUUACACUAAAUAAAGUCAUAUUGGAUGAACAAUACCCAAUACCGAUGAUAGAGGAUAUCUUUGCAGAAAUGAACGGCGGCAAGCUAUUUUGUACACUUGACAUAACUCAAGCAUACCUUAAUAUGGUCAUGGACGACGAAAGCGCAAUGCUACAAACACUCAGUACACACAAAGGUACAUACAAAGUAAACAGACUUAUGUUCGGUGUGAAAGUCGCACCGAGCUUGUGGCAAGGAUUUAUGGACAGACUUUUGCAAGGGCUGGAAGGAGUCAAAUGCUUUUUCGAUGAUAUAAUUAUACAAGGAGAUUCAAAGGAAAAAUUGUUACAAAGACUUAAGCUUGUGCUUGAUAAACUGAAAGAAAGCAACCUCAGAGUAAACAAGGAUAAGUGCCAAUUUUUUAAAACAAGUAUAAAUUACCUAGGGCACACUAUUGAUAAAGAUGGCCUGCACAAAAACAAGGACAAGAUAAAUGCUAUAAUAAAAACAGAACGCCCAGUACGCACGUCGCUACAUGCCAUGUUCUUGAGAGGGGAACUCCGACGACCAUCAGUUAAACACCAGCCACAUCCUAUCAAAGAGUUCAAUCCAGGCGACCGCAUCCAGGCUCGUGAUUAUACCGUCGGCUCCACGCAGCGCUGGCGUUUCGGGUCCAUUCAGGAACGUUUAGGGAGACUACAUUAUAAAAUAAUAACUGAUGACGGCUCUGUCUGGCGCAGGCACAUUGACCAGCUCCUAGCUGCUCCCUUGGUCCAAAGCUAG